UGACAGUGUUGUAUAGCACGCGAAUUUGGAACUUUGUACCGCAGCUGGGUUCAUUGGCACAAAUAUAUUUAUCCGGUGGAGUUGAUCAAAAUGGCACAAGCAAUUAAAUACUAUUUUGACUUUCUAUCGCCUCCAUCGCGUGCAUUGUGGCUUGCACUCAAACUGGGUAAAACGCCAUUCGAGGCUUGCCCCGUAGCGCUGCGCAAACGUGAACAGUUGACCGAUGAGUACAAGAAGAUCAAUCGCUUCCAGAAGGUGCCCGCCCUGGUGGAUGGUAACUUCCAUUUGAGCGAGAGUGUGGCCAUGGUACGUUACCUUGCGGAUAAGAAUCAGAUGAGCGAGCAGCUUUAUCCAAAAUCCUUGGAGUCACGAGCUCGUGUUGAUGAAUUUCUGGAGUGGCAGCAUUUAAAUGUGCGCGUCGCCUGCGGCACUUUCUUCAUGAAGGCUUGGCUGCUGCCCAUUAAUGGUUUGGCGCCCAAUCCCAAACCGGAUGCAGUUGAGAAGUUAACUAAGGAUGUUGAGCGCUCUUUGGGUCUGUUGGAGCACAUGUGGAUGGAUAAGGACUUUCUGGUGGGACAAAAUCUAACGGUUGCCGAUCUAUUUGCUGUCUCCGAAAUUGAGCAGCUGAGACUUUGCAAGUUCAAUGUGAACGAGCGAAAGUUUCCCAAGGUGGCCAAGUGGCUGGAACGCGUCCGCAAUGCUGCCAAGCCCUAUCACGAUGAGGCCUAUGAGUUUCUCAAUAAAAAGUCCAAGCAGGCGGUGGAGUCCAAGCUCUGAACUGAAGCUAUUCAAAGUACCUAUGUCCUUGAUCCUUUAAGGGUGCAUUUUUUGUUUUGUAAUAAUUUUACUGCCCAGUUAAGUUUAAUUUUUGUUCUUGUGCUUUACCAUAAUCUAUUGAUUUUGUGUGCUUUAAUUAAUUCUUUCUAAAACAUUAAACAGUUAUUAUUUACCAUA